CCAAGCUUGGUGACGAAGUCAGUUCAGAUCCACAACCAAAUACUGGAAGAACUGGGUCAGCUGAGUUAAAACAAACACUACAGGGACCUUGGUGGAAAAAAACGGAGGCAUAUAGAAAGCAGACAGGCAGAGAUGAUGGGAGGAGUUAAAGACCAAACAUAACUCUUCACUCAGAUCCUGUUUGUCAUAUUUCACAGUAGGCUAGACUAUUUAUUUCGGGGUCCGUGAAUUCCUCCAGAGAUCAUCGGGUCCCAACUCAGUUGAAACCAGACCCAGAGCUUCAGGUUUCAGGACGAGCAUUGAGAAAUAACAACAGGGUGGAGGAAGGAGCAUGAGUGCCGAAGGUUUGUGCUCUCUGCUCUGGCCAGCUCGCGAAUAACCAGUGACCGUAACAUGAGGACCGGUGGAGAAUGACGUCUUAUCCUGAAGGUUGUUGCAGAAAGCCAGAGAAAAUGAACAGGGCGAGCGGAUACGUGAUCAUUUAUUUAGUGGCCGUGAUUGGUUUCUGUGCGACAGAGGCUUUGAACAUCUCUGCGGUGGCUGGAGACCGAAGAGAGAACGGGACUGAGGCGGAUGGGGACGGCUCGGUUCCCGUUGUGCUCAGCAAAGUAAACCAGAUCAUCGCCCGUGAGGGGAACUGUGCAUUGAUUGACUGUAAUAUCACCGGUGACCCCUUUCCAAACAUCCAGUGGUUCAACUCGCACGGACACCUGCUUGACGCAAAGAACAGUGAUGGAAAAUGGUGGAUUCUGGACAAUGGCGUUCUCAACAUCACCAGCAUCACUUUUGCAGACCGCGGCAAAUACACGUGCGUGGCCUCCAACGCUCACGGCAAGGCCAGCUGCACAGUGACGCUGCGCGUGGUCUUCACCAACGGAGAUAUGGGUGUGUACUACAUGGUGGUGUGUCUGGUGACGUUUACCAUCAUCAUGAUUCUGAACAUCACCCGCCUUUGCAUGAUGAGCAGCCAUCUGAAGAAAACCGAGAAGGCCAUCAACGACUUCUUCCGCACGGAAGGCCCAGAGAAGCUCCAAAAGGCUUUUGAGAUCGCGAAGCGUAUUCCUAUCAUUACCUCGGCAAAAACGCUGGAGCUGGCAAAGGUCACGCAGUUCAAGACCAUGGAGUUCGCACGCUACAUCGAGGAGUUAGCGCGCAGCAUACCGCUCCCGCCGCUGAUCAUGAACUGCCGCACCUUCAUGGAGGAGAUCCUUGAGGUCGUUGGUGUGGAGGAAAUGAGACACACUUUUGUCCGGCAAGCACCCGAGAGUCACGGCGUGGUGGCUGCUGGCACUUCCGACGACGUUUUCACUGUCUUGCAUGAAAGAGAGCGGCCGAGGGAGAGGGAACGCAGCGAUUCUCCCGCCAUGGACUCGGACGACGCGUCGCUUCACGAGCAGCCUCAGCACAUAGCUAUUCAGGUUUCUGUACAUCCACAGUUAGCUGCAGCAGGGUGCUGCAACAUAGAAGCUCCGCCUCUUUCCAAAAUCGUCUCCUCUCCACCCCCACUGGCUCAGCUGCCUCUGGAGGCGGAGGCUGAGGAGAAGGAAAACAAGGCGGAGUCUGUACAAGAAGAUGGUGCUGCACAGAAAACCCAAGUCAUUUAUGAAAGCCAUGUGUAAUAAUAUCCUGCAGGAAGGAUAAUGACCUCGCUAUGCAUUUUCUUGGGAAACGAAAAGGUCAAGAUUUGUUUUUCUUCUCAGAAGUUGCUUUCUAUUAGCCAUCUCAGGAAAGAUGAGGAAGCGCUGCAUUUGUGUUUGGGUGAAUCUCUCAAAACUCUAAUUUCUGGGUCGUAUUUUACCUUCAAAUAAAAAAAAUAAAAACUAAUUAUAUUUUGCAUAAAGCAAACAAAGCCCAUUUUUCAUAGUUUCUGCAUUGCGUUGUCAUUUUCGUGACAAUUAACCCUCCAUUUAUGAAAUCUAUUCUAAUUCAUGAAAUGGUCUCAUUACUUUUUUAAACUUUACAGUAAUGUAAGUUUGGAGGCAAAAUUCGCAUUGAAAUGAUGUCGUCACAAUCCCUUAAAAAAUAUUUUAGACCUAAAAAUGGAUAAAUUUUGUGGUAAAAUAUAACCUUGUAAUUUCUUUGUGAGAUUGACCCGUGUAAGUUAAAUUUCCCAUGACAAUGAAUUCUCGUGCUGAAUGUAUUUUGGGGUGAUGUUCUCUAUUUAUUUAGAAAAUCCAGGUUUGCCCAUGAUUUUAUUUCCCCGUAGUUAACAGAAACUAGGUCGACACAGAGCUCACAUCUCACGUCUUAAUGGGCAGACAGCAAGUAGUUUUGUUGGAUGUAGUCACAGAUUAUUCAUUUCACGAAUGAAUGAGAAGGAACGACUGAUUAAUACAUUUGGCUGAAAGUAAAACUCUUAAACUGUUUGAGGUCGAAGUGCAUUUUUCAUUCAGUAGAAAUCAAGCAUUUGUGAAAAUAUUUCAGAAGUGACGUGCACAGUAAUUCCCUCUUAUAAUGCAUGAAGAGCGCAUGUCGAUCUGUUUUCAGUGCUGGACUCGGAGAGACAGAGCUUUUGUUUGUGCGAUCUUGUCUGCUGUGUGUUAUUUAUCAUUUGUGUCACGCUUUGAAUAACACUGUAGAAAUUUCAGUUUGAGAUUUUGAGGCUUUUUUAUUCAGUUGAGUUUCCACUGGAGUCUUUAUACUGUUACUGUAAUUAUGGUAUUAUUACUUCACUAGUAAUACUACUGUAAGUAUUACUUUUGAUUUCAAAUGCACAGCUAGGUUUUUUCUUACUUUGUUUUUUUUGAGGAUCCAACAGAGUUCUUUAUAACAGAGCCCCAAUAAAAAUGUUGAAUCUCUUCUGAUGUUCUAGAAACACAGUUUUGCUUCUUAAAUGCUCACCUUUUAGUUUCAGUGCUAAUAAGUUAGAAUUCUUCAGUGUUGAUCUCGCUUUUUUGGGGCUCUACAUCCAGAGUAACCUAGCAGUCUACUGCACUGCUGAUAGCUAGCUAAACGGGUUAAGCACUAGCCAUUACGAAUGUUCCUGGUCAGGAUUGUCAGAGGAAGUAAUGGCUGUUUAAGUAGUGAAAUAAAGCUGCUGUGUACCCAUGA